CAAAUAUAUAAUAGUGCUGAAGACUCUUACUCCUUCUUUUCAUUAGCAGUCUUCCUGCACAAUCCAAGAAGAACAUGGCUCCUUCAACUACAUGUAUAUAUCUCUUAAUUCUCCUACUGGUUGGAGCAUUGGUCCCUUUCAGUCAGUCAGCUUCAUUAGGUAGUGGUGAGACAGUCAGCCCUAGCAGUGUAGAAGAGAUUGAGCAAAGCAGUACUGCUGGUAUUACAGCAAGUCCUUCACCAUCACCAGUGCUGAUGGAAAGGAAAGCUUCAUUAUCAGGAACACUGGAAAUGCAGAGAGAUCUGCAGCUCCUAACUCUUCCAGAAUCAAAAUACGUCCAUGCAGUUCAGUUAUCAGAAGGAAGCUAUUCUCUAGCAAGUAAUGGAGACCCUAACCAAGACACUGUCUUCACUAUAGAGAGAUAUGCCAAUGGAGGGACUGGACCUUCACACUACUAUAAGAUGAGGAGAAGGGAAACACUUGAAUAUGCGUAUGUCAGUGACAAUGGUCGCAUACUUAUAGGGGAGGAAACAGCCUCUAAAGUACCAGCUGUUUUCGAACGUGUCGAACACAAUGUUGAAUCCUUCACCUUCAUCAACUUGAUACAGCUGAACAGUGAUGGGUCGAGGACCAGCUGCUAUAUUGGAUUUAAUUCCGACUUUCAGGCAGUGUGUAGUAGCGAACAAGAAAAGCAAUAUUUGUUAGAAAAUGUUCCACACAAUAAUAUUGGGUGAAAGAUGAUGCAGUUUAUAAUAAAAAAGACUCUAGUUUGAAAAAGGCAAUUAUUAUUAUUAUUAUUAUUAUUAU